AUGAGCAGUGAACUGAGGAAGCGGGCAGUGAGUUUGGGCGAGACGGCGAUCGAAACGGCGACUGUUUCUCGCGGGUCCCGGGGGAAAUUGUUGGUGACUGGGACGAGCAGUGGUGCUCCGAGCGGUCAGCGUGGCCGACUCUGCAGGUACGAGGAGUUGCCCGCGUGGCAGCAGGAUAACGAUUGUAUCAGGACAGGGUACGUCCGCGAGACGCUUUCUGUGCGUCGGUGUCUCGGGUCCCUUUUGUACUGGAACAACGAGUCUGUCAACAUGUACAGCCAUCUCGUGCCAGCGGUUCUGUACAUUGCGGGGGCUACACUGGCGCUGUCGCAGUGGGGGGUUCCCAGGUUCCCCACAACAACGUGGUCGGAUUACCUUAUCAUCAACACGUUUCUCGUCGGUGCAGGUGCGUGUCUCCUGUGCAGCAGUCUGUUCCACUGUUUGAAACAACAUUCGGAGAGACACUGCGAGGCAUGGUCUCGCAUGGACUACAUGGGGAUCAUCCUGUUGAUCGCAUGCUCUACUAUCCCCAUGAUAUAUUUCGGUUACUUCGACUACAUGGGCCAUUGCCUCUUGUUCACCGCGGUGACCGUGGCGCUAGGGGUCGCCUGUUCCGGUGUCGUCCUGUUCAACAAACAGUUCAACAGUUCUAGCUUCAAACUCGUCCGUGCAGCGUUCUUCAUCGCGUUCGCGUUCAACGGACUCAUACCGAUGGCCACUGGGUUCGUGAAGUUCGGUAUCCCCGGUGUACUGGACAGGAUCUCGCUCAAGUACGUCUGGUUCGAGGCGGUGUUCUACAUCGCGGGCGCAAUGCUGUACGGGUUCCGCGUCCCUGAGAUAUGGAUUCCGGGGAAAGUGGACCUUUGGGGGAACUCGCACCAGAUGUUCCACGUCAUGGUCGUGUUCGGGUCCCUGUGCCACCUGAAGGCGGUGCUCGAGUCCUAUAGCCUGAUGCAUAGGCAUCUGGCAUAG